UACAUUGAAAAAAAGUUGGGGGACAAUGAAUCCAUCAUCUCCACAAUAAUCAAGAAACCCUAGAACAGCAAUAAUAAUGGUGGAGUAUUGAUUAUCCCCCAACUCAGCUACCAUUCUCUCAUCAUAUAUCCAAUUCAAAUCAUCACUCAUUCAAUUUGCUCCUGUUUCUACACUCUUCUUCAUCGAUUCUGUUCAAAUUUUAACCUAAUUUCAUCCAGUUAGGGUUUCAAUUCGUUUCGUUUCCCCGAUAAAUUAGGUCAAAAUGUUGAAACACAUGUUCUUGUGUCUAUAGUUUUGUCUUGAUUAAUCGAUUUGAUUCAGCUUUUGUGAUUAAUUAUUAAUAAUUAGGUCAAAUUGAAGCUGUUUGUGUGCUGCACUGUGUGUUUAGGUGUGGUGUGUGUGUGUGAGAGAGAGAGAGGAAGCUGGUGGAAUGAGAGUGUGUGGAUCGCGAGUUGUAGAUUGAACCGAACUUCAACCAGUUAGGGUUUCAAUUGAAGCAUAUGUUGGUUGUUGUAUCUAUAGAUUUGGCUCGAUUAAUUGAUUUGAUUCAGCUUCUGUAAUCAAUCAUCAAUAAUUAGGUCAAAUUGAUCAGGAUAAAUUGUUGGUGAUUUAUUUGUCUGCUGCACUGUGUGUUUAGGUGUGGUGUGUGAGAGAGAGGUAGGGAGGGAGAGGAAUCAGGUGGAAUGGGAGUGUGUGGAUCGAAGGAGCAAGGAUGCGUGCGAGUCGGAAUAGGUUCUAGGAAGAAGAAGAAGCAUGGGGAUAGAGCAGAUGGAGAAGCGGCACCGAGAGUUCAUGGAAGAAGAAGGAGAAGAUUGGGGAGGAAGAAGGCAAAUUCCGGUGCUAUUCGUUAUUCGUCUCGGAGUAAAGUUGAUCCUUCUGGUGAUGUUUGUAAUUCGAUGGAUCGGUCGUAUCGUAACCCUACAUUUCAAGGAAGUACGGAGUGGUUUGAUACUGCUACAGGGAUCGAGUCUGAUGGCGAUGACGAGUUUUACAGCAUUCAGGAUGAUGUUAUAUCUCAAAGCAGUUCGGUUAGUGCAUCAGUAACUCCAAGAGCUUCUGAUCAUGUCCCUGGUUCUUCCUUUUCUGCAUCCGAGUCACAAAUGAAACCCAAUGAACAACUGCCACCUGUCGCCACACAUGGAACCUCUGUUGUAUACGACUUAAACAAUUGUCUGCCUUGUCUUACCUGCACUACCUCUGCGGAUGUAAAGAGCAAAUCAUCAUGUUCAAGCCCUCCAAGUGCAAAGAAGAAAAUUACUUCAAGGCUUUCCUUUAAAUGGAGGGAAGGACAAUCUAGCGUUUCCAUAUUGUCUCCAAGAGCUAUUUUGCAAAGACCAAUGGCAGGCUCUCAAGUUCCGUAUUGUCCGAUAGAGAAGAAAAUGUCAGAUUCUUGGUCACCACUUGAUCCAAGUGCCUUUAAAGUGCGGGGGCAUAAUUAUUUAAAAGAUAAAAAGAAAGAAUGUGCUUCAAAUCAAGCUGCUUAUUACCCUAUUGGUGUUGACGUAUUCUUAUCUCCCCGUAAGAUUGAUCAUAUUGCACGCCUUCUUGAACUCCCAAAAGUUGAAUCAUCUGGAAAAAUCCCUCAUUUGCUUGUUGUAAAUCUUCAAAUACCUUUAUACCCCCCUACACUAUUUCAAAAUGAAUAUGACGGAGAAGGAAUGAGUUAUGUUUUGUACUUCAAGUUAUCUGAUAAUUAUGAGGAACUUCCGCUUCAUUUUAAAGAAAAUAUGAGGAAAAUAAUUGAUGAUGAGGUGGAAAGGGUUAGAGGUUUCCCGGUAGAUACCAUUGCACCCUGCAGGGAAAGAUUGAAGAUCUUGGGCCGACUCACAAACUUAGAGGAUCUUCAGUUGAGUUCCGCUGAAAGGAAGCUUAUGAGUGCUUAUAACGAGAAGCCCGUUCUCUCACGUCCCCAACAUGAAUUUUUCUUGGGAGAAAACUACUUUGAAAUUGAUUUGAACAUGCACAGAUUCAGUUACAUCUCUAGAAAAGGUUUCGAUGCUUUUCGAGAGAGACUAAAACUUUGUAUCCUCGAUUUCGGCCUCACUAUCCAGGGCACCAAAGCUGAAGAGUUGCCAGAAUGUAUUUUAUGCUGCGUUCAAUUGAAAGAGAUCAACUACAAAAAUUAUAACCAACUCGGGUUCUAAUUUCAAGUACCCUUCAUUUUCAUAAACUUGAAAUUCAAAGUUCGUAAACUAUUUUCUUGUUUAUUUCCAGUACACACAUCUGUUUGAAAUAACGUUGAGUAAUAGAAUACCUUCCCGAGUGUACAGCCUUAAACUCUUAUGAAAUCCAAAACGACACUUUCAUCCGUCUU